AUGGAGUGGGACGAAUUCCAACAACAGUCGAGGACAGGAUACAACAUCAUAGUCAUCAAGGGAACUGUUCAUGAUGUUUUAGCUUUUGUGACAGAGCACCCGGGAGGCACAGCUAUAAUAACAGGGGCAAAAUUGAAAGACGCAACCGAGAUGCUGGAGAAGGGGUAUAUGGUCGAGGCGGGACUGGGUGAAAAGUACCCGUCAGCCGAGUUCUGCCCCACUGUCAGCCGAGCUGUGUUCUGGAUCGGGCCCUUGACAUCUCCUCCCAGUCACGGGGUUUCACGGGGUUAUCACCAAAUUCGUUAUAAAAAUGCAGCUGGCAGUAAUUGCUCAUCUGAAGGAUCUGGCAGCUCUGGGUAG